UUCACCACGUGCGUUUGCUUUGUACACAACAUAUUUAUUCGCAAUUUCUUAAUUAUAUUAAUUUAAUCAAAGUGUACUAAGAAAGUGUAAUGCCGGCAGUAAUAAAAGACAAUGUACUCGUAUACAAAGGUUGUAACUUGUUCCGCCAGAGGUUGCUUCUAUCGGUUUUAAGCGGGCGAGCUAUCAAAAUAGAGGACAUUCGGAGUAACCACGAUGAUCCAGGACUGAGAGAAUACGAAGUGAAUUUGAUCCGUCUUAUAGACAAAAUAACAAAUGGUACGAGGGUGGAGCUGGGCGAGACAGGGACAUCUAUGUACUUUCAGCCUGGUAUACUUGUUGGUGGCCAAGUUACACACAGCUGUUGCACUCAACGAGGAAUAGGGUAUUAUUUGGAGGUUCUGUUAGCUGUUGGUCCGUUCUGCAAGGAGCCACUGAAUGCAGUACUGCAAGGUGUAACACAUCAUGAUCUGGAUGUAUCUGUGGACAAAGUCAAGUUGGCAGCAUUACCUGUGCUCCUUAAGUUCAUACUGGUUGAUGAUGGAUUAGAACUCAAGGUUGUUAGAAGAGGUGCUCCACCCUUAGGAGGUGGUGAAAUAGUGUUCCGUUGUCCAGUGCGUCGUCAUCUACGACCAUUACAGUGGACUAAGUGGGGGCUGGUGAAGAGAAUUCGAGGUGUUGUGUACGCACUACGUGUAUCACCCACAUUCGCUAAUAGAGUUGUAGAAUCCGCAAAAGGGGUUAUGCUAAAUUUCCUCCCAGAUGUAUAUAUAAACACAGACCAGUGUAGAGGACCAAACGCUGGCAAGAGUCCAGGUUUUGGUGUCAGUUUGGUUGCGGAGACCAAUGAAAAGACCUUUUAUUGUGCGGAAGCUAAAUCAGAAGAGGUAGGCAGUGGGGAGAUAUCAUUACCAGAGGAGAUAGGAAAGCAGUGUGCAAUGAAGCUGGCAGAUGAGAUAUAUCGCGGCGGAGCGGUGGACUCCUCCUUCCAAUGGCUGGUAGCACUCUGGAUGGCAUUAGGACAGAAGGAUGUCAGUGAAUGUGUGGUGGGACCGUUGUCUGAUUACACAAUAAGUUUUCUGCAGCAUCUCAAAGAGUUCUUUGGAGUGAUGUUUAAGUUGGAAGUCCUACGCUCUGAGUUGGAAGAGUCUGACGAGGAAGAGGAAAAUACGAUUGAAGCUAACAAGGUCAAAAUGACAUGUGUCGGUAUAGGUUAUGUUAAUAUUAGUAAAAGAACAUUGUAAUAAAUAUUUAUCAAACA